AUGUCAAGAACGGCGUCUCUAUACCCAGCGGAAACCAAUUCUGGCGUUGUCACAUCUUUUAUCCCACUGACAACCACGUGGAAGCCACCGUCUUCAUGUCUUACCAAAUUCCGUCUUGAUGGGCCAAGCUUGAUGGCGUUCGAUCCUGCGUAUGGACUCGAGAAUGAUGUCGAGCCCGGUGUCAUAUGCGGUCCACCCGCAAUGACAACGUGGUGGGAGCAAGGGCUCCUGGGUCAAGGAGGCUCAUACAAGACCCGACUGAGCAUCGGACCAAUGGAGUGUCCAAAGGGUUGGUCGACUCUGGCGUCUUCCACCAAGGAUUCAAUCAGUGUUCUCCAGAUGUGCUGUCCAUCGGGCUACUACCUUGCUAACGGUACACCUGGGUCCGUUGUUGGAGACUGUCUGUCAGAUGUCUCUUCGGGCAUGACCUUGACAUACGGAUCUACUUCCAAUGGUUUGGCAGAAUUUACGAUGGCGACAACUACUCUGUCCGACAGUUCGACCGUCGGUGCGAUCGGGAUUGUAGGUUGGAACAUCAAAAACGCCGAAACGGCGUCUUCUACAUCCACAGCCUCGACGACACUAUUUUCAUCAACACAGCAACCUUCAUCGGUACAGCAAUCUUCAUUAAUACAACCAUCCUCGACCAUGCAGCUAUCAUCGGCAAUAUCUGCUAAUCCUGCAAUAUCCGCCUCUGUUGUAUCUCCAGUUGCCUCUUCGGAUUCUUCCAUGUCUAGCACUGGGAGCGACGGCAGCCUUACAACCGGGACCAAGCUGGGCAUCGGGGUGGGAAUCGGCGUGGGUGUCAUCGGUGUCAUCGCUUUGCUGGUUGCAUUGUACCUCUUCCGCCAACGAAAACAGCGUAUUGAACCAUUCCCCGUCCAUAGCGUCCCUCCUAACUAUGCUCAGGGACCUGGCAUGACAGUCUACCAGGCACCAUACAACCCACCGCAUUAUCCGUCUGAGCUCGAAAGCAAACCAACCGUUGGUCAGCAGGGCGGGCCCCCAGCGGAACUACCGGCGCGAUAUUAG